AUGAAUGCAGGAUCAAAGUUUUCGAGGGAUAAUCGAGCGUAUUGGCUUGGAAGGAAUCACAGAAUCCUCGAUUGGUUAUUGUACGAGAGGUCUUCAAUCAUAUGUUUGCAGUUACAAGCUUGGCCGUACCAACAAUCUGGCGAUGGUCUUACGGCUGUUCAGAAGGACUAUUUCAGAGUUUUGAACUUGAGAGAUUUGCUUUUCAACGAUUGUGGUGACAGAGUCGCGCAGUUGCUUCACGUAGAAUUAGUUCCUCCUUACUCUCAGUACGAUGCUCAUCAACAAGUCUUGAUCGUCAACACUCAUUUGCUCUUCCCUCAUGACUCAACACUGUCCAUAGUACGAUUGCAGCAGGUAUAUAAGAUUCUUCAGUAUGUAGAAUCGUAUCAGAAAGAAGUCAAUCUCAGUCCCAUGCCUAUUAUACUUUGCGGAGAUUGGAACGGGAGAAAGAGAGGACAUGUCUACAAGUUUCUGUGGUCACAGGAGUUUGUGUCGUCGUACGACACUGCUCAUCCGUACACAGAUCCAGAUGCUCACAAGUGGGUGAGCCACCGGAAUCAUCGUGGUAACAUAUGCGCUGUUGAUUUCAUAUGGCUUCUUAAUCCAAACCGGUAUAGAAAGCUUCUGAAAACAAGUUGGAGUGAGGCAGUGUUUGGCAUGUUCAGGUAUUUACUGAGGCGAGCUUCACUAACAGCUGAAGAUGCUUUUGCCUUUCUGAAAACCGACAAUGAUGGUGACCACAUAACAUUCAUGGGCUUCUGUGAGACUCUUCGUCAGCUUGCUGCUCUUCUUAUGAUCGAGAUGAAAAAGGUUCAAAACUCUCCAUGGGUCCCUUAUAUCAACCGACUUCCUCGGCCUGCAGAGAUGCACAACACGGUGAGAUUUCUCCAUUUCGCUGUCCAUCUUGGAAAAUGCAGAGGAUAUACAAUAAUGGAUGAUCGGAGGAGUCGGCUUGGGAAGGAGAAGGGCUUAAAAGGAGGAAAUAAAGGGAGAGGAAGUUGGGAUAAGGUCGACGUUGGGCUGAGACGCCGGAGAGGUGGAAUGUGCGGGGGAGAGCGCGGGGGUUCCUUGACCGUUGUUUAG